UUAAAUAAAUGGUUAAAAAAGAUUCCUCGCAAAACUCCAACAACCAUAACUAAAUAAAGCGUACGCACGAUUUUCACUAAUCCUCCAAAAAUAGCAACUGGGUCGAUGCAAAAAAAAGUGUUUGACCCUUGACACGCUCGAUUUUGCCUCACCGAGCAAACGAUUGCAAAGUUGAUCUUUGGCGGAGGGAUGAGGCAGUGGGUUCGAGUCUGUCGGGGGUUUUCCGUGCACGCGCUCUACACACUCAGCCGCCUACACGCGCGUAAAGUCACACAGACACUGGGACACGGACGGAUCCGUUACUCUUUCAUUCAGCAUUGUGUGUGAGAACAGACUGCUGUGAUGGCGGCGUUGACUGGAGGAGAGAUGUGCAAGUAUCUGAUGUUUGUCUUCAAUUUCAUAUUCUGGAUUGCAGGUACAGGCGUCAUGGCUGUUGGACUCUGGCUGAGGUUUGAUCCCAAGACUAAAAUCUUGUUUGAAGGAGAGAACUCAUCUUACAUCUUCUAUACAGGUGUGUACAUCCUCAUUGCGGUCGGCGUGCUGAUGAUGGUCGUUGGUUUUUUUGGAUGUUGUGGCGCCAUCCGGGAGUCCCCUUGCAUGCUGGGACUGUUCUUCUUCUUUCUGUUGGUUAUCUUUGCGGUCGAGGUGGCUGCUGGAAUUUGGGCUUUUUCAAACCAGACCAAGGUUACUGAAGAUGUAACGAAUUUCUACAAGGAAACAUACAAUAACUACCAACAAACCAAACAACCAGCUCUGAAAGAAACACUCAGUCUCAUCCAGCAUGGACUUAACUGCUGUGGACCGUCAGGAAACAUCCAGGAUGUUCUUGAUGAGACCUGCCCCGGAAAAGAGGUGCUCGAUGUUCUCAUUACAAAGAGCUGCCCUGAUGCCAUUGAUGAAGUCUUUAACUCCAAACUUCAUAUUAUUGGAAGCGUUGGAAUCAGCAUUGGAGUGUUCAUGAUCUUCGGCAUGAUCUUUAGCAUGAUGCUGUGCUGUGCCAUCCGGAAAACCCGGGAGAUUGUGUGAGGGUCCGGUUGCCUGGGAAACUGCCAGUAUAUUUGUGUUGCAUGAUGUCUGUCCCAAAGCAACAUGACCUCAUCAGCUAAGAGCCAGUUAGAUCACAGCAUCAGGCACACAAUCUCUGCACGUCUCUGAUUGACUGGAAUUCACUCUUUUUCUUAGUGCAGCUGUAUCACUGGUCACCAGUAAUGAGAGAAAAGGGUUGGUUUAGCAUUCCAAGCCCAUUUGAAAAGGGCUUUAAGUCUGACUUUUUAUAUUUUUUUAUCGUUCAUAAUAGAUUUGAAAGAUUAACCAUUUGUUCGCUUUAUUGUACUCGCAGUACUGCUUGAUAUGAAUUGUUCUGAAUUUUUCUAAUGUUUUGUUUCUGAUUUGUGAAUAGAGUCGAUUAAUUUACCCACAUCGGUGCAUACGGCUCAAAUAAAAGCCAAAUAAUUCAUGAA